AUGAUCAACGACUAUGAACAGCGGGUCGAGGACAUGGCAUCGCGAUUGCCAAUACUGCAAGCAAAAUUCGAAGACCUUCGGUCAGCCUCGGUACAAAACCAGAUAGCCCUCCGGUCGGAUCUUGCUUCCAAGGUUUCUUCCGCCGUGGAUACACUGACGAAACUGGCCCAGCUUAUAUGUGGCCAGCCCGAGCGAUUCAGCCCUCAUCCAGAUAUAAAAAUUACUAUGAAAGAGCUUAACUCAUCCUGGAAAGAAACCAACAAAGCCGCAAAGAAUCUUCUUGACAAUAUUAACAACAAUUACAUCAAUAUUGCCGAUUUCAAUAAUGUCAGCUUGGGCCGCUGGUACAAUCAAGCAGUUAAUCUACAGGCAGCGCUACGGGCGACCCAGAAGUCUACAAAAAAAGACUAUAGGAUUGAGAAGUCUAUACAAUUGUCUUUGUUUCAGGCCCGCCGAGAUGCAGAAAGCUACGUCCAUAGCUUGCAGCAGACGCUGGAUGAAGCACAGAGCGAAUACGACGGCCUCGACCAGAAUGUAUACUGCUACAAAUCCAUCAACACUAACAUCGUUCCAAACAAGCUUGCGCUGAAUCCUACAAUCAGAAGGAUGACUUUACAACGCUUCGAGCACGCCAUGGCGAUUUGCACGUUUGACUUAUCAGACGCAAAAAAUGCGGUUCAAACGGCUAUGGAGCAAGGAAGCGCGACAGAACAGCGACUACGCGAGCAAGAGUCCACGGUGCGAGAAAUAAAUAAUCUUGUAACCAUGCAAGCUGAUCUCGUAUCUCAAGGCUCAUCGCUACUUACCGACUGUAGUGACUUGAUGGGAAGUGUAGAGCAUGACGAAGAUGAGAUUUCCUGUAUUAAAAUUCAUCACUUCCGCGCUUGGCAGCUUAUAAACAGGUUAUCCGACCGUUCCGAGUCUGCCGAGUUCGCUCUCUCCAAAGCAGCGUGUGCCAGCUGUAUACUGAUGGUCAUUGAUACGAUCCUUGACGACCAUACUCUCACGGCCCGUUUGACAGAAAUGGUUCAACACUUGGCAAAUUAUGAUGAUGGCGAGGGAUGUAUUCGAGGGAUCAUUUCUGGUGAUUAUCCUAAUGGUUUGCUUGCCGGAGUGCAAAGGGAAUUAGAGCUGAUUCAAGAUCGCUGUUUGGUGUCGGAUACUGUCAGCCCCACCUGUGAGAGACAAGACACGAAGUCACCGGCUUUUGUGCCUUUGAAACUUUUUCCUACUAUAUUACCAUCUCCCACUCGACCAAUGGUUGCUGAUGCUAGUAUAGAUCUGUGGGGGAAAGACAAAAAUAGGUCAUUCAACGUUAGGCGCUUUUCAGCUUCAUCUAUAAAGAGAAUUAUAAUUAGGCCUAGUUUUAAAUAG